GAUGAUGGAGGAAAACUUUUUACCCUGGAGGAAUAUGAGGAGUACAAAAGAAAAGUGUUACCAAUUCGGUUACGGAACAGGUUGUAUGUGAGCUGGAGAUCACCAACUGGCAUGGACUGUAAGCUUGUGGGACCAGAGACGUUGUGCUUUUGUACUCACCGGUAUAAGCAACACAAAACAGACUAUGAAGUGAUUCCCAGAGACCGUCCAAUUUGUGUGCCUUGUAGAGUGAGCCAUUGUCCAUGCCAAUCUUAUCACUACGUCCCUCUAAAUGGCACACAGCCAGUUCGUUGCAGAUGCAAACACUUUGCUGAUGAGCACAGUGCAGCGCCUGGAUUUUCAUGUAACUCCUGUUCCAAGUGUUCGGGUUUUCAUAGUUGCUUUACCUGUGCAUGUGGUCAGCCAGCAUAUGCUCAUGAAACUGUCGUGGAAACUAAAGAAGAGCGCUUAGCCCAAGGAAAGCCUGUGGGGCAGGAUGUACCUUAUGCUGCUAUGGGAGGACUGACUGGUUUUAGUUCACUAGCAGAAGGUUACAUGAGACUCGAUGACAGUGGAUGCGGGGGUCCCUCUUCUGAACUUUUAGAAUCCCCGGUUACCAGCAUGGACCAUCCCUUUCUAAAAGCAUUUUGUGGACCUUCUAGUUCUGCUCAAACCACAUCACAGAUAGCAGGUGGUUCUAGUGCCACGAGGCAAGUUUCUCAUGGAAAGCGUUCAGAAGAUGAAGACAUGGCUUAUUUUGAAAACUGUUAUCAAGAACGGCUGAAAAAGGAGAAGCCUGCUAAUAGAAAGUGAAAACUCCAGUGCCAUCAAAGAAGCUGUGAGAUUAAUAAAGAAGUACUUGUUAUAUGGCACAGUGUUAAUCGUUGUAUGGAAGAGUAUUUUUUGCUGCGCCUAGCUGCCUGCUUGUUUUUCAUUUCUUUAUUCUGCUGUUUCAGUCUAUUGCUGAAAUUAAUUUUUAAUUAUCUUGUUGUAAUAAAAUUAGUACUUUAAUCAAUGUGUUUCUAAUCUCCAGAAUUGAUACAUAGACAUUCCUUUGAGAAUGGAAAAUAACAUUUAGAGAUUUACAGAAUUGUUACUUAAGAUCUGAGAGAAUAACCAUGCAUUUAAGUAUUACAUUGUAGUAGGGCAAAGAAAAUACAUAUCCUAUUCUUAGACUUUUAUGACGUACUUUCUUUAUCUGUAGAGUCCUUAGAACUCAUCUUGUUUAUGAAUUUUUACUUGGUGGGAUUUAUUUUGUUAAUAUUGCCAUUUUAAUCUUGUCUUUGAAUCUUUUUUUUCCUUUCUGUUGGUUUCAUCACCUUUGCAUAAAAUUCAAGUAUACCAUUAUUCACUCACACUUCUUUAGGCUCUGUUCUUGCCAAUGUAUGUGAAGUUUUGUACACUUGUAAACCCAUUUCCACGCAGACUUACUAGCUACUUGAAGGGAUCCUGCUUAUAUACUGUAUCCCACAUUUCUCUAGUGGUAGCAUUCUCCCCAGAUUCUGUUUGUCUGAUACUGCCCCUAACAAUGAUUCUGUUACACUAAACUGAAAACAUCAAGUGGAAAUGGAUAGACAUGCUAUUUAUUGCAUGUAAACAAAUGAUUAUAUGGUGUCUGAUACAAACUUACUCAUCCAACAGUUUCUCUUUCACCAUGUAUAAUCCAACACAGACCGAAUCACUCAAGAAGGGUCUUUUGUUUGCUUUUGUUUUCUUUGUCCAUAUUCACAGUUGUGGCAGCAUAUGUUGUAGUAAAGGUAGCGGGCAGGAAAACUUAAAAUUUAGUAACUUUGAGUGGUGGUUUAAAUCUGCAAAGCAGCACAGGAAGAAUUUGGUACAGAGGCUGCACAGUUCAGGAGGCAAAAUCAGAGCCUGAGCUAACCUUGUUAGUCCCCUUUGAAAACAAAGAGGUGUAAGUCAGUUUGUCCUUAAAAAUACUUGAAGAUGGCUCUUGGACUGAAGACUUUUAAGGUGGUGUGUGUGAAGUGAGACUUUACAGCAAGAGUUGGGAGGAGCUUACAUGUGCCUAUCUGAGGGAGUGCCUCAUGCCUCUUAGAAUCUGAUGGGCAGAGGAAACAGAAGUGAUGGGAGGUUGAAGACAUCUGGUGGAGAUGUCUUGCUUUUGUUCAGUGGUCAGCUGUGGGAGGGAAGGACAGUUCUUAGGAGUGUAUGCAGGUUGUACAGUGACUGAUGGAGACAGCUGGAAUCCGAGUGAGAAGAGAAUGGAAGGCUCAAUUGCCCAAAUUCAAAGAUUAAAAAAGGCCAUUUACCUAAAUACUGACCUAUACUGCUGUUGCUACAGAUGCCAGAGAGGUUAAUGUUACUUUAAAUGCAUACGAUAUCAAAGUGUCUAAGGAAUGUUUUAAAAGUCCCUUUACCUUUAAACUGUACACUGUUAGAUAUUGCUUUAACUUAAUAAAUAAAAAUAUUAAUUUGAGCUCCCUCUUCUGGUCCUAAUAAGCAAUCACUUCUACAUAUCCUUAAUCUCAUAAGUAAAUUGGGAUUUCACAACAGAAUUACAAGAAACAAAUGUAAAUAACAUUGGUUAAAAAAAAAAGAAAAAAAAUAUUUCAGUCUUCAGAGAGAUUAUUACAAGCUUAAUAGCAGAAGUUUAUUCUACUUUCAUAUUUAUCUCCAUGGCUAUACCCAUUAGGAAUGCAGUUCCAGAAAUGUAUGUAUUUCAGAGAUGAGAUUUCUCACAGCAAAAUAUUCUUAUAGACAGAGGUUUUAAUAGUUACAAAAGCUUAUAUUUUAUGUUUCUUUUUAUACUGAUAACUUUUUACAUUUAGGAAGUAAU